CGACCAGCAUCUUUCGUGACACCGACCUUGGUUCUCAGCGCACAUCAUCUCGUCGACGAUAUGGCCAGUGCUGAAACAACAGAUGUCCACGGCGACACCCGCCACCUCUAUUUACUCGGCCACCACAUCUCCCACUCCCUCUCUCCACGCUUCCACAACACCAUCUACACCUCCCUCAACCUCCCCUGGAAAUUCCAUCUCCUCGACACUCCCAACCCAAGGGACCUCCUCCCACGGAUGCACGACCCCUCCUUCGCCGGCGCAUCCAUCACCAUGCCCCACAAGGUGACCUUCAUAGACCACGUCGACGAGCUCACCGACGCCGGCAAAACCAUCCGCGCCAUCAACACCGUCUUCAUCCGCGACGACCCGACCACGGGGAAGAGGACAUACGUAGGCACCAACACGGACUGUAUCGGUGUCCGAGACGCCAUCCUGAAUAACUACCCGGACACAGUCAGGGGAAAACCUGCCGUUGUGCUAGGAGGCGGUGGCGCGUGCAGGGCUGCCGUGUAUGCCAUGCUCAGCUUGAUGGGUGCGAGCGAGGUGUAUUUGGUGAAUCGCGAUGCGGGCGAGGUCGAGGACGUGAUUGGGGAUUUCAGACUGGCGGGUCUGGCGGACCGGUGCGUGCAUGUGAGGACCGUCGAGCAGGCGCAAGGUCUUCCGCCGGCGACGGUUAUUGUUGGCACGGUGCCUGAUGUGGCACCUCUGUCGGAGGACGAGAUCAGGGCUAGGGAUAUUGUCGCGUGUUUCUUGCGGAGGUCGACGACUAAGGGUGUGUUGCUCGACAUGUGUUAUCAUCCGAGACUGGAGACGGCAUUGAUUGUGUCGGCGCGCAAGGAAGGGUGGGGGGUGGUGUAUGGAAAUGAGGCCUUCUUCUAUCAGGCUCUGGCCCAGGUUGUCCUCUUGACGGGGAGGACAUUGGACGAGCUGCCGAUCGAGACGGUUAGGGAGCUCAUAUGUCCUAAUACCCGUGAGACAGGCGCUAGGUAG